AUGUAUUUAAGGCUAGGAAAAACUGCCGAAAAAAACCGUCUAAGACUCACGAAAGGAAGUGCAGGGGUAGUCCUUACACUAAAUGGUGGUGGACUAUAUGAUUCCCCCGGUGGUAAUGGUGGUGGUUCAUUCCUUGAAACAAUCGGUGUGCGUGCUCAGGAUAAUCCUCCAUCGGGUGUUUUUGACCAAUCCGGCUUUGUCUUCUCUAAAAUGGAUGCUGAAACAACUAUGAACUUUAAUGAAGCUCUCAAAAUUAAAUAUGAUUUGUCUAAACUAUAUCGUACAGAUUAUAUCCAUCGUUGGAUUCAACACAUGUGCAGUAAUCUCCAGCUAGAUCCAAUCGGCUUUGGCAUUUUUCUACCAAGUGUGGCUAGUGUUUUGUGUGGUUAUACAUCAAUUUUACGUAAUAAUCAAUUUCCAAAUGCAACAACAAUUUAUUCUAUAUUAGUAGCAAUGCCAACGUAUGGAAAGUCGACUUUAUUUUCUGUACUGAGACGUGCUGUUGAACAUGUUCAAAAGUUGUUACCAACGAAAUUCUAUGAUCCAGCAAAUAAACAGAAUUUUGUCAUGUGA